GGGAGUUCGUAGCUGCGGACCGUUUAAACUUUCUGUGUGGAGAGUUUUGGUUUCCUAAAAGGGCAAAUGCUCACACUCUUAUAUACACGUAAUGGCGUCGGUUAUGGAGGACCCUAUUCUCGAGAGACAAUUCAAGGGGCAUAAGGAUGCUGUUACCUGCGCAGACUUCAACCCCAAUCACAAACAAUUGGCCACAGGAUCUGUGGAUCAGAAUUUGAUGAUUUGGAAUUUGGCCUCCAAGGCCAGGGCCUUCCGUUUUGUGGGCCAUAAAGACAACAUCACUGGAGUGCAGUUCUCCCCUUUGGGCGACCUAGUGGCCACCUCCUCCAAGGACCGGACAGUGCGACUUUGGACACCUUGCUUUAAAGGUGAGUCAACAGUGUUCAAAGCACACACAGCCACUGUGCGCAGUGUGAAUUUCUCUCACGAUGGCCAUAGAUUGGUGACUGCUUCAGACGACAAGUCCGUCAAGGUGUGGAGUGUCCACCGUCAGCGCUUCAUCUACUCUUUAAACCAGCACACCAACUGGGUGCGCUGUGCCAGGUUUUCUCCAGAUGGCCAUCUCAUUGCCUCCUGUGGGGAUGACCGCUGCGUCCGGCUCUGGGACACCUCCACUAAACAUUGCAUCAACUGUUUCACGGAUUAUGGAGGAUCUGCAACAUUUGUUGACUUCAAUUCCAGCGGCACCUGCUUAGCAUCCUGUGGAGCAGACAACACAUUGAAAAUCUGGGAUCUACGGACAAACAAACUAAUUCAGCAUUACCAAGUUCACAGUGCAGGUAUCAAUUGCUUUUCCUUCCACCGAUCCAACAACUACCUGAUCAGUGGAUCCCGAGACAGCACUGUGAAGAUCCUGGACCUGCUGGAGGGACGCCUUAUCUACACGCUGCAUGGGCACAAGGGUUCUGUGCUCACAGUGGCCUUUUCCAGGACGGGAGAUCUCUUUGCCUCAGGAGGAGUAGAUGGUCAGGUGCUGAUGUGGAGGACCAAUUUUGACACCAAAGUCUACCGGGACACCCUGACUAGACACCGCCAGAGGUCCCCCCCAGACCCCCCACCCCACCUGUCAGAUAUCCACCCCUGUCUUCCCCACCUCAACUGCCCACAGCCUACAGCCAUAGAGAUCAGUUCAGUAGUGGCGGAUACCCAAUCAGUUGACCCACCAGUCAUAGAGCUAGGUCGAGCUGAUUACUCCACUAAGUGUUUGAACAGUCAGAGGCACAAGUCACCGACACGAGUGGUCACCAACGGUUGCCACGCCGACGGCUUGCCGGCGUGUCAUGUUGCCGGGCCUGCCCCCAAAACUUUCAGUGAGGGCGGCUGUGUCAAUGGGACAAGUUCGAAAGCAGGGAGCCGGUCCGGUGCUGGUGCCGGCAGAAGAGGACAGACGGUGGAGGAAGAGGAAGAGCAGGAGGAAAGGGGGCAGACGUACCGACUGGAAGUUCUUCCCAGUCAUCCGGUGGGAACCGACUCCACCCUGCAGCACAUUGUUCAACAACUGGAUAUUCUCACGCAGACGGUGUGUGUGCUGGAGGAACGCCUCACCCUGACAGAGGACAAGCUGAAGGAGUGUCUGAUCAACCAGUCCCACAUACUGCAGCAGGUGCGAGGGGCAGGGGGGAAGGGCGGGGAUGGAGCUCCUGCCCAUGGCUCCUGA